CCAAGAUGGCCGACCCUUCCCCCAAACAUGUUAGGGGACAUGAUCACGUUCCUUCCUGUCUGAGAUUUACUUAGAUUCAACUGAAACUCAAGCUAAGAAUGGCUACAGUCUGGGGGAACGAAGACGUAGCCUGCUACUUUACCACGAAGCAUUCGUGGCGCGGAAAAUACAAGAGGAUCUUCUCCAUUGGAACGAAAGGAAUUACAACGUACAAUCCUGCUAACCUGGAGGUCACAAAUCAGUGGGCUUACAAUGACUUCUGUAGAAUUGCACCAAGUGCAAAAGCUGCCAAUGAGCUGAUCAUUACUAUGAAGAAAACUGGUGCAAGUAAGAAGAUUCAGAGUAUGACGUUUUCUACAGAGCACAGAGCAGAUCUUUUGACUGACGCUCUUCGAUUUCGUAAGGAGUUCUCCGACUUUAAAGCAGGAAGUGAAGUUCGUUUCAAUGCAUACAAGUAUCAUUGGAGCGACACAAGGCUACCAGUAGUGUUAGAGGUUACACCUUGUUCUUUGGACCAAAUUGAUCCUACAACAAGAGAAAAGCUGUGUUCAUAUGACUACAAGGAUUUGGAAGGUGUUGUGCAGGUGUCAGACUAUCCUGGUGGAAUUGCCAUUGUUUAUGGUGGUUUCAGUAGACUUCAUCUCUUUGCACUGGAACAGAGAGAUGAGUUAAUGAAGAAAAUAUCAGAAUAUGCGAUUGCACAUGUUGGAGUCUCACCCAAACAAAGAAGUAAGCCCAUUACAUUCGAGCAGUUUCAAAGCCACAAAUUUGGAAAGUUCAGUGAAGAUGAGCAUAUUACAUCGUUAGCUGAGUUCAAAGUUCAGAAAAUUUCACCUAGACAUCACGAUCCUGUUGUUCGCACAUUGUGUUUAUCAGAGACAUGUAUGAUAGAAAGAGACCCUGCAACCUACAUUAUUGUUAGCUGUUCUCCUCUCUCUGAUGUAUUUGCCAUCAUCCGUUCAAAUGAUAAUCCUCAACUGUUCACCAUAGAGUUUAUCCGUGGAGCAACAAAGAGGUUCAUGUCAACUGUGAGGGACUCACUGUUGGCCAGUCUUCUUGAUGGAGUUCGUGCCAGUGGUAACAGGGAUGUCUGUGUUAAAAUGAAACCCACCAACAGAGGUUUUAGAUUUGCACCAGUCAUUUCAACUGUGGAUGAGGAAGUUGAAAGUCAACAUCUCAGAUUUCUCGCAGUUCCUCCAGCAACAUUUGCAGAAGCAGUUGAAAGAUUUAAUAGCAACAUUCCUUACAAUGGAUUGCUCCAUGCAGUCACACAAGAUGGCCUGUUUGCAGAAAACAAGGAGAAGCUCAUUACUGGAGCAAUCACUGCUCUUUUAGCAAUGGAAGGUGACCAGAACACCAUCUCUGUAGAAGAUUUAGAAGGACAGUUUCAAGCUAUUCGGAGACUUGUUGCUUCAAAAGCAGGAUUUCAAGCCUUCACAACUCUACCCAAGUUCAGAGACAAGCUUGGAGUUAAGGUUGUUAAAGCUCUGAAACGGAAUGACGAUGGGGUCACGCAUGCUGCUAUUGAUAUGCUCUGUGCUCUGAUGCAGCCCAUGCAUGAUAAUUAUGACCUCAGACAAGAACAGAUGAAUAAGUCUUCACUUGUGUCAUCCAGGAAAUUCCUUGGCACACUGUUAGAUAUCUUCACUACACAUGUAAAUAGAAGCACUGGGGCUCUUGUUGUUAGUUCACUUCUUGACUUCCUAACAUUUGCACUGUGUCCACCAUACAGUGAAACCACAGAAGGAACACAGUUUGACACUUUGCUAGAAAUGGUCGCAGAUCUUGGGCGCAAUAUUUUUAGGCUAUUUCAGCAUCCAUCUAUGGCAAUUGUCAAAGGAGCUGGCAUGGUUAUGAAAGCUGUUAUUGAGGAAGGAGAUUCUGAGAUUGCAGCAAAAAUGCAGGAUCUUGCUUUGGCAGAAGGAGCCCUUCCUAGACAUCUCCAUACUGCCAUGUACACUCAAAGCACAGACAAUAGACUACUCACAAACAGACAGCUCAGCAGACACUUGGUAACCUUGUGGGUAACUGGUCAUCCCACUGCAAUGGGACUCCUGAAGAGGAUCAUGGUCCCAGAAGUAGAAUCAGAUAAGCUGCAUGUCCGAGACAAGGUCAAACUUGCAGAGGAUUCUUCUAAACCCAAGAAACAUCAGUAUCUUGCGCAACUGGAUGUUGUGCUCACUCACUGGAGAACGAAAAUGGGAUUGAAGUCAAAAGAAACAAACCAGAAACCUGUAAUAUUAAGGAAGAGAAGGCAAAGAAUAAAGAGUGAUGCAAACUGGGAACUUUUCUAUUACAAGUUCAAUCUAGACCAUUCCAUGCCUAAUCUCAUCUGGAACUACAAGACAAGAGAAGAAUUGAGAGAAGCGCUAGAGGCAGAGAUGAGAGCAUUUGCUGUUGACAAGGAUCUUGGAUCAAAUCAUGUCAUUUCAUGGAAUCACCAAGAAUUUGAAGUGAGAUACGAGUGUCUCAGUGAAGAGAUAAAGAUUGGAGACUACUACCUCAGACUGCUUCUCGAAGAAGAGGAAGGAAAAACUAUGAUCCAUAAUUCGCUGGAGUUCUUCAAUGAUCUUUACCACAGAUUUCUUCUGACUCUGAAGCCUGCUAUGAAAGCUAUGUGCUUACAAGCCAUGACCAAGGUGUACAGCAAAUGCUACGAUGAAAUCGGUGCCUUCAAUGACACGCGAUACAUCGUCGGAAUGCUUGAGAAGACAACAGACAGAUUGGAGAGGGAUCGUCUGAUACUCUUUUUGAAUGCACUGAUCAAAAACAAGAAAAAUGUGAAAGAGAUGAUGGAUGUAAAUGGAAUCAGAGUUCUCGUAGAUCUUCUUACACUGGCACAUCUUCACACUUCAAGAGCUGUAGUACCAUUACAGAGUAAUCUUCUCGAGGCAUCUCCUGAAAUGAUGCAGCGUGAUGGUGAAAAAGAGUGGUACUAUGGCAAUAAGGAGAAAGAGAGACUGGGGCCAUUCAGCUUUAAAGAGAUGAAGGAUAUGUCAGCGGAAGGAAUUCUCCGUCCGGAAACAAAGUGCUGGGCACAGGGUAUGGAUGGAUGGAGACCACUGCAGAGUAUUCCGCAGCUGAAGUGGUAUCUACUGGCCACAGGCAGUGCAGUAAUGAAUGAAACAGAUCUGGCUAUCUUAAUCUUGAACAUGCUGAUCAAGAUUUGUGAAUUUUACCCUAACAGAGAUGUUGAUGGUGCCAUAGUGCGGCCACUUCCAAGAGCGAAGAGAAUGUUGUCAGAAGCUACCUGUUUGCCGCAUUUAGUUCAGCUUUUGUUAACUUUUGAUCCCGUUAUUGUGGAGAAAGUGGCCAUUCUUCUUCUUAAUAUGAUGGUGGACAACCCCAUCCUCCCACGAUUGUAUCUCACUGGAGUGUUCUUCUUUAUAAUGAUGUACACUGGAUCAAAUGUUCUUCCAAUUGGAAGAUUUUUGCAAGAAGUACACACAAAGCAGGCCUUCAGAUCUGAAGAGAGCCAACAGACUGAUUUGUUCCAGAGGAGCAUAAUCGGGCCCAUUCUCCCGGAAGCCAUGGUUUGUUAUUUGGAAAAUCAUGGUCCUGACAAAUUUGCUGAGAUUUUUCUUGGCGAGUUCGACACACCAGAAGCCAUUUGGAACAAUGAAAUGAGGCGACUGAUGAUAGAGAAGAUCGCUACUCACUUAGCAGACUUCUCACCAAGAUUACAAAGCAACACUAGAGCCUUGUACCAGUAUUGUCCUAUCCCAGUGAUAUCAUAUCCUCAACUGGAGAAUGAACUGUUCUGUAACAUCUUCUACCUGCGGCAUCUCUGCGACACAGACAGAUUUCCUGAUUGGCCAAUUAGAGAACCGGUUCGGCUACUCAAGGACAUUUUAGAAGCGUGGAAAAAGGAAGUGGAAAAGAAGCCUUCGACAUUGACAGUUGAUGAAGCAUAUGACGUCCUGAAAGUCAAGAGAGACCCUUCAGGACUUGUCGAUGAGUCGAAAGUAAGAAAAGCUUACUUCAAAAUGGCGCAGAGGUAUCAUCCAGAUAAGAAUCCAGAUGGAAGGGACAUCUUUGAGAAAGUGAACAAGGCGUACGAGUUCCUCUGUUCCAAGUCUUCAAAACAAGUUCAAGGACCAGAUCCGCACAAUAUCGUUCUUAUUCUCAAGGCUCAGUCCAUUUUAUUCAACCGAUACAAAAAUGACCUUCAGCCGUAUAAAUACGCCGGUUACCCGAUGUUGAUUAAGACCAUCCGACUCGAGACUAAGGAUGGCAGCUUGUUCUCAAAGUCCGCUCCGCUUCUGACAGCUGCCAGUGAACUGGCUUAUCACACGAUCAACUGCUCUGCCCUUAAUGCCGAGGAACUACGAAGAGAAAACGGAAUUGAGGCCCUUCAAGAAGCUUAUGACCGUUGCUUACUGGCCAUCACUGCCAUGACUGAACCGAACGCCAUUCCAGUCCAAGUUUGUACUCACAUUACAAGGUGUUACACAGUGGCCGCCCAGUUUGAAGAGUGCCGAGAGAAGAUUACUGAGAUGCCAGAUGUUAUUAAAGAUCUUUGUCGAGUCCUUUACCACAGGAAUCUUCCAGCGCUCAAUUCUGUAGCGGCAGAAUGUGUCAGUGCUUUCUCUGUGGACUUCUGGCUUCAAACUCAACUGCUACAGGCUGGUGUAUUGUGGCAUUUACUCUUGUUUCUGUUUCAUUACGACUACACACUGGAUGAAAGUGGAGUGGAGAAAAGUGCAGAAACCAACCAGCAGGAAACGCUGAACAGUCUUGCUCGUCUGAGCAUCGAUGCUUUGGCUCGACUGGGUGGAUAUUUGACUGACGAAAAUAAAACCCCUGAGAACCCAGCCAUACGGAAGUCUUUAUCCAGUAUGUUCACUCCGUAUAUCGCCAAACAACUCAGCAAUGAUAACCCAAAGGAGAUCUUAAAGUUGCUGAACAGUAAUACAGAAAAUCCAUAUCUCAUUUGGGACAAUGCUACACGAGCAGAAUUGAAUGAGUUCCUCGAAACCCAACAACUGCGAAAGAUCAAGACGGGCGACUGUGAUACUUCAUUUGGUGCACGCUUCACCUUCUCGGUCUUCAGCGAAGAACUUAUUGUUGGCGAAAUCUUUGUACGCAUAUACAACGAACAGCCUCUAUUUCCACUUGAGGUCCCUCGAAUAGUGAUUUCUAAUGAACUCUUCUUUUUUUCUCAGUACCUUCAUUCAGUCAUGGCGUUAACGGCCUCAGAGCUGGAUCUCAAGAAGAACCAGAAAAGACUGGACGCUAGUGUCAUGGCCCUGGAGGCACUACGAAACGUUAUUAAGAAUAACGCAGGCACCGAAGCUCAAUGCAUUGGACAUUUUAGGCUGAUAUUUUCACUGCUACGAAUGACUAAAGCAACAAAACUUCAGAAGUUUGCUCUUGAGGUCAUCUCGAGCACAACAGCCAACAAGAACUGUGUAUCCAGCAUUGCUGAUUCUGACAUUCUUGGCUUCUUGUUUCUUACGCUCCACACGCUUCCUUCAGAUCGGUUGUUGACUGUUGAUACCAUGCAUGCACUUUGCUCCAACACGAAGAUUGUCAAGGAAACCAUGCACAAAGGUGGUCUUAUCUACCUACUGGACCUGUAUACUAACGGUACAAAUCCUGUGGUGCGGGAAAGGUCAGCGGAGUUGUUUGCGAAGAUGAUGUCGGACAAGCUCAUUGGACCCAAAGUCAAGAUAGUGUUGUCCAAAUUCCUGCCUGCCAUCUUUAUGGACGCCAUGAGAGACAGUGCACAAGCCAGUGUCCACAUGUUUGAAGCAAACCAGGAGAAUCCGGAGUUAAUAUGGAAUACAGAAGCUAGGGAAAAAAUCUGUUCGGUGGUGAAAGAGCUUAAAGACAGACAUUACCAGGAGCAGAAAGACAAUCCCGACAUCCAGUGGAAGCUUCCCGACAAUUUCGAAGUGAUGUUUGACGAAGCUGCUGGCGAAUUAAUCGUGGGUGGAAUUUACCUCCGAUUGUUCAUACAGCAACCGGCUUGGGUUCUACGGAAGCCGAAAGAAUUCCUUGUUGCUCUGCUACAGAAGUUUGUUGAGCUACUCACAAUAUCUGCUCAUGGUGAGACUCUGGAGACUGUUACCCAGGCCGCUCUCUGUCUUUUCACUGCGCAACCACAACUCGGAGACCAGGUUCCAGGUCUUGGCCACAUUCCUAAUUUAGUGAAGAGUAUGGGCUCCAGUAAUGACGCAGUCAUCAAGUCCGCUGUACAAGUGGUUCAUUUAUUGUCAGCUAAUGAGAUUUGUGUUCUAAGCAUGGCCCAGGUGAGUGAUUGCAUCAGUCACGUGAUCAAAGGAAUGGAUGCGAGACCAGAUGUGGUGGGUUUGGCUUGUGAAGCACUUCACAGAAUGUUCGAGAAGAAUCAUACAGAGCUUGUUGCGCAGGCGCUCAAAUUUGAGUUAGUCCAGUAUCUUUUAAACCUUCUGAACGGAGCGCUUAAAACUGUGGAGAAUCCUGCAGCUACCAAAGCUCAAAUUGUCAAGGCUUUGAAGGCGAUGCUACGUGACUUGACGCACGGCGAGGAGAUCAACAAGAUUCUGGAGGCUUCUACAGUGUGGGCCUCGUACAGAGACCAGAAACACGACCUGUUUAUCUCGGACAAGCCUGUGGCUGGUUACCUGACAGGGGGCGCUGGUGUUGCCGGGUACCUGACAAUGGGCUCUGGCAAUUCGAGCACUAUGCCCAGCGUGCCCCCUCCUGUGGACCGAGUGGAGAAUGGUAGCUGAUGUCACGUGACACUAGAUGGUGCCAGUGAAUAGUUUAUUAGGCAGGUUGUGUUUAUUCGAGCGUGAUGGAGGAUACUUUGAACUUCUUACAACACCAAAAUCAUUGCAAAAUUUUUUUGUGCUAUAUUAUGCAUUUAUAGUAUUAAGAAUUUUUGUUCAAGUCGCGAAUUCUACUCCACAAGAUUUACAAUUUUUUUCUGAAUAUACGGCUGUUCGAAAUUUUCGUAAAUAAUCAUUCAGCUAGCGGAUUUUACAAAAUUUUGCAACAGUGUCGCCCAAGGAAACUUGUCUUACUGCGUUUUACAGCUGUAAGCACUCAACUGUAUUUUUUCCAUAUAUAAAUCUUAGCCGCAGUUGGGACGAUUCUGUUCUUUCUAACUUUGACAUAUCGUUUAAUCCAAUUCAAAAAAUCGCUAUAGAAUCCCUUUCAAUCGUGUCUGCUUUGGUGAUUGUAUGAAGGGCAAAGGACACGUUGAGUGACCCACGGUAUGAAAAUUUUGUGCAUCACGUCGCAUUCGUCGCGCUCAUUUGAACACAGCCUUUUAUUAAGAAUUGACCCAAAUAUUCUCCAGUGAUAAAUAUUGCAAUUCUGCACAAAUCCAAUCGGGUUCGUCAGAACCCAGUUUCCAAAUUUCAAUUCAUUCGAAAAACUCGUGGCUUCUUUCUAUUUUAUUUUCACUGAGAGUGUCCCAAAGAACAAGGCGUAACAACUUGUUAUUCAAAUCGAAGAAGAUCAUUUGUGGACUCAGUUCGCGUUUCAUGUUGCUGAAAUCUUUACAAGCAGCCAGUAACUGGGACAAAUGAAAAGACUAGUAAUAUAUUGUAGUUUUCAGUGACAUUCAGUGUUUAGAGUUCUCUCUCAACGUAGCGAAGUCAUUAAAUGAGGCCACGUUCAGCUCAUAAACUCACAGGAUCGUUCACAAAUCCCCUUUUUCAUUAGCCAUAUAUUUUGAUCGGAAAUGAGUGAAGAGAAUUUGUGCUGUUAUCAAAAUAGCUAUUGUCUUAUUGUUUGUUCAGUUUGUUAAUUCUUAUCACCUGGGUAACGUAUUGAAAUUGUAAGAAGUUAUAUGUGUCACUUCUGGUAGUUAAAAGGAUAACAGAUUGCUCUGAUUUCAUCACGAGUUGAAUAAUUCUAGAAAUUAGAUUUAGUUACAUUCUGUCGUAAUGUUCUCCACCUCGCCCUCCAUUAAGAAAAUAGGAAAAUUUCCCUUUUUGUUAAACUUUAAUUUUUUCAAGUUGUCUAGGUAGUUUUGAAAUUGCCAGCCAGUUCUUUUAAUUGAUUUGUGAUGUUUAGCAAAAUCUCAAACAAGGAGAGAACAUAGCCGACGGAAUUUAACAGCGAAGUUGCUGCAGAUUCCAGUCAUUCUGAAAAUAGGACAUUGAAUCGAACACAAUUCAGUUGAAUCCUUGAACAGUAAACCGCUCGUAAGUGGGGGAAACGCUUAAUAAGUGGUACUGGAUUAAGAGAGAAGCAAAUUUCCUUAGGAGAAUUUGAUUCAGCAGUAAAAAAGCAGGGCUCUUUUAACUUGCCAACACUUAAAAAAAUUGUCUGUUAAUUCGGUAAGUUAAUUGAGUGUAAUUUAAAAGAAAAGUAGAAUUGCCUUUUUUUAUACCAAAUAGAGAAAAGUUGAAAAAUAUAUUUUAAAAAAAAUGGCAUGAUUGUAAGAAUAAACCAUGUUUGGGAAA